AUGCCCCAUGCAGUUGUGACAGGGUGCAAUUCUGGCAUUGGCCAUGAAUUUGCAAAGGUUCUCAUCAAGGCUUUAGACGUCACCUCUCCAGAGUCCAUUGCCAGCUUCAAGAAGGCUUAUGGCGAUGGGCCCUUGGAUAUCCUCUUGAAUGUCGCGGGAGUGUUUGACGCUGCCCACGAUUCUCUUGCAACUCUCAACCUUGCCUCCUUGCAACAAGUCUACAAUGUGAAUACUUUUGGGCCCCUUCUUCUCACGCAAGCGCUGCUGCCCAACAUUCUCGCCUCCUCCAGCCCCCGUCUGGGCUUCGUCUCCAGCCGCGUGGGAUCCAUAGCGGACAACAGCUCUGGUGGGAGCUAUGCCUACCGGUCGAGCAAGACAGCGCUCAACAUGCUAUGCAAGAACCUGUCGUUAGAUCUGAAAGACAAGGGCGUUGUUGUCUCCAUCCUGCACCCCGGAAUCGUGCGGACUAACAUUGGUGGUGGGGGCUUGGCUGGAGAUCCCGAGGCCAUCGAGCCGGAUGAGGCUGCUGAGAAGCUGUUCAAGGUAAUGAUGGAAAAGAGCAUCGAGGACACGGGUAAGUUCUGGCACCGAGAAGGGAUGGAAUUACCGUGGUAGUCCGUCCGGCGGCCUCAUGCUGUACAUAAGACAUUGUCUUCUUUUUCUUCAAACAAUCAAGUGCAAGCCUC